UUAUAUAAUGAGCGGGGCGCUCGGCGAUCGUCCACAGCGCCGCGGCUCGCUUUCACUCAGUUCGCGAUUAAUUACGAACACGAUUGUGUUCACUCGCUUCUAUUUGCUCAACUGUUUGACGGCUGAAAGAUAAAGAAACAGCUAAAGUACAACGUUGUACGACGACGGUGAUAUCUUAUCGCAGCCACUCUAUUGAUCACUCACCAUAUAUCGCAAACGACUCGCCUUAUACGGACGACCGGGCCACCUUUAUUCUCCAAUUUAACGUGUAGACGUGUACUCUUUUGUAAGCGCGAUGUUACCGGUGAAGUCAUAAUGUGCGGAAUACAAAAAUAGAAACACUGUGUUUACAGGAAAAUAGUAUUAAAUACAACACUGUUGCGGUUUGUAAUCGAACGGAAAUGACGACGAAAUCGCCUACAACCAGUGUAAGGUCGCGGGAAAUAAUCGGAGUGGACCAGUUCAGUCAGCGCCGUGAAGUGUUUGACAAAUACGACACCGUGUUCCUCCCGCUGCCCUCACCCAACGCUAUGGCCUACAAAGAGGCGCAGCCCAUCGUCACCUCCAACCACGGCAAGACGACCACCAACUUUAAACGUAACGCUCCUGCCUUUUCCAGUAUGCGUGAAUCAAGGACAGACGAGCGCAACUUUGAAUUUCGAGCCAGGAAGUACUCCGACAACUUUACUUCUGAAUUAAAUCAGAGCGAUGACGUGGAUUACCGACGCAGCAUGACUGAAAGAACCCGACGUCUAUCAAAACUAAGGAAAGACUUCCUAAAUUCCAACUUGCACGAACCAAACCAGGAGAGCCCGUUUGCCCGUACUGGCAUGAGGGCGUCUUUGCCAGCAAGCAGUGCUACAGUGUUAAAAUAUAAAAUUGAAAGUCCUAAUUUGUACAAAUUCCCGUUUGCUGAACCUUACGCGACUCCACCUCCAGUACGCAAGGUUAUGGUCGAUCUUGGACCAAUGGAAGUAAAUGGUGAGAAAGAAAACCAAGAUCCCCAAGCCCGACCCAGAUACGUUAGUUUACCAAGUAACAAUACUUCACCAAAAAUUGAUCAUCAGAAACUGUUUGAAGAGCUAGUGAAACGUUAUUCCCCAGAGCGCAAACCGAUAGAUUGGAAGUUGCCUCCUACCCGGCCGAGAGUUGUAGGAUCUGUUCCCAAAUCUACAUCAAGUGCCGCAGAUAGCAUCGAUAGCAGCGACAAGAAAACUUUAGAUGAAACAUUUAACAAAACUGAAGACGAUGACGUUUUUUUGAAGAGAGAAAUAAAUGAAAUUGUAAAGGAAAGUAGUGAAGCAAUUGGCAAACCUGCAGAACAAACUAAUAUUUCUGAAAUAACAAAGAAUGGUCCGGAAAGAAAUGAUAAAGAGAUACCAGCAAACAGCAAAGGAGAAAAUAAAGACAGGGAGUCAAAAACUUCUUUGGCAGAAUUAGAAGAAAAGAACGACGAAGUCCCGGAACUAUCAUCUUUACAAAAGAACGAUGGAACCAAGAGACCAUCUCUCGAGAAAUAUACGGAUCUGUCUAUACCUGCUUUGAUAGAAAAAAUAAACGAAGAAGGCGAGGAUUUGGAAAGCCAUAAGAAAGAUAAGAAAGUUAAAAGGAAGAGAAGUUUCUUAGACAAACUUCUAGGACGAAAAAAAGACAAAUAAACGAGUGUAAUAUUAUACCACGCAAAUGUAAAGUACACACACCAAAGAUUUAUUGAGGUUGUUCUUUUUUUAAACAUGACAUAAUUAUUUUGAAUAGCUAGAAUGAAAGUAUUUUUGAUACAAUAUUAUUUAUAAAAUAUGUUUAUAGAAAUAAUUAAUAGCAGACUUCCUCUGUUUUUUAUCUAAAUGCAAUGGUUGGGUUAUCACUAGUUGAUAAAACGUAAGUGCCAUGUGACACUCCCUAUCAGCCAAAUUCUAAGUAAAUAUGCUUAUAGACAUGGUAACAAAUAUAGAACAUUGGAAUCUGUGAAACAUUCCAACUUAUUAUAUUUCUUUUUUUUAUGUUUUCUUCCUGUGUAAUUAUUUCAUUUUGUAAUAAAUUGUUAUUUAAAUGUUAUUUUUAGUAAAAGCACUAUAAAACAUCUUAAAUUUUUUAUGUUUCAGGCUUUGAAAAUGUAAUAUGUUGUUUAAUAAAUGCUACUAUAAAAUUA